UCAAGGGCUCCAUCAACAAUCUCUGCGAGGGGACAGAGCUGAGGAUUAAUUUUGACGAGCAGCAGGAUCAACACCGGCCUUUACCAUACUCGUGCUCCGUGGAUGUAGUACCGAUACGACGCACACACCCUGCACAUCGCGUCACUCGGCAAAUAGAAAUCCUCGAGUAACGGCUGAUCGCCGACUGGUGAAGGUUCCCGCGGUACACGAUAAGGCCACCCCAAAACCGGGCGGCCAAUCGACGGGCGACGAUGAAAUGAUGAUAAACAUAGGAGAGCACGCUUUGCGUAGAUAAGAUUGCGGCGAGGCGGCAUGUUCCCGACUUCCAGUUGCCGUUGCGCGAUCGCAGGUGAUAGAACCCGUUUUCGUGGCGCAGCACAGCGUUCAGUUGGCGUACGUGAAACCCCUUUGCGGCGAAAGCGUGUAUCAUAUUCGCGAACUCGGGAGGCCACUUACAUUUCCAUUCUCGAGAGCAGCGUGGCAACCGAACACGAGCUAGCAUGGCUGAAAACGACGAAGUAGCCGCUGCCAUCGCCGCGGGCAACGUGUGUGAAGCUAAGAUUCAGUUUCGUCAACUGAAAUUGUUCCCAGUAAUCGAUGAAAAUAAUAAUUUCAAAAUCAGUACUGCCAAUUUCUUAGAAUCAUCACACCAAAUAGUGGACGCAAUCGGUUGCUUCGGUAAGCUUUUCUCGCCGAUCGUCAAAGAUAUGCGACAGAAUGUAAAGAAAUUGGAAGACAAAUUCAAAACCAAUGAGACUCUGUUUGCGCACAUCGAAGACUUAAUACUUAAGGAUGCGGAAGGCAACGACAAUCCCUAUGAUACGGUGACCGAUGGGUUGCUGUGGUUAAAAAGGGCAUUCGAAAUGAUGGAACUGUUCUUCCGCAAGGUGCUGGAAGAUGAAACGUGCAACGAGCAGUUGAAACCACACCUACGAAAGGCCUACGAAGAGUGUUUGCUGCCGUAUCAUGGGUUUCUGGCGCAGAAAGGAUUUCAGAUUCUCCACUUUUACGUUCCUAGUCGGACGAGCCUGUUGGGACCGUCGGAUGGCAACGCGGACAAUUUGAAGGCGCUUGAUGAGUUUCUCGUACACUUUCGCGCCAACCUACAUCACCUGAACGAGUUUUUCACCAAACAUGACUUACACCGUACUUAUAAAGCAUAGAAAACCGUCACACGAGGGGCACAUAUUGUAUUUUGUAAAAUAAAUAUAAAACAGUCACUAGCGAUUAUU